AAACGACUUAAUCGUCAAUGGGAAGAUCUAGCCAUUUUAGAGUGGCAAAAUCAAAUCAAACGAUUAGAUUUGAGCCAAAACGAUGGUGAAGGCCAGCAAUUGCUCGCGCAGCUUUCCCAAGUGUUUGGGUCGCGUAUGGGACGUGGAUUGGCUCAACAGCAAAGCUUGGAGCGCACGUUGUCCCUUCACGAGUGGCAAAUUGACGAGUACAAGUCCAAGAUCAACUCCAUCAGUGAUGACGGUACAGUUUCCACGGAAUGGAGAGUGUCAUUUCGGAUUCAGUUGUAUCCCAGCGUGAUUUUGGCCUUCAAAUACGACGGGAUCAGCAAAGACCCCGCUGGAGAGAUGCCUCGCAUGGAGGAGCUGCAAAUUGCCUUCCCAUCGCCCACGGAUGAUCCUCGACUGGUUAUUCAAGGGGAAAUCGAGCCAUUGAUCGAUUAUUGCGAACGGUUAAUCGAUCUUUCGGUUGCCCUCAAUGCACUCAAGAUGUAUCUAAACUUGAGCACAAGUCGGUCCCAAGUGGUCCAAGGCAAGACAGAGGAACUCGACAACAUAACCGUGAGCGUGGAAGAUCAAUUCCUGGAGAUUGCGCUCAUCUCCGGCAAUCAUGUGCAUUUGUGUACUCUCAAAUGGGGCCUGGUUUUCAAAGAGAGCCAUCUUGCCUUUGAAGAUACCUAUCACGUCACAUUUACAGCUAAAGGGAAAGUGGCCGCGGUGGGUUGCAAUUUUUCCCAAGAGUUAAUCAAUGUUGGAAUUUGCGACGAUUGGAGUGCCACUUAUUGCUUUCAAAAUCUUUGCCAAAUGACCGCAAUUGACAUCUAACCAGUCUUGCUACAGGAAAUCACUGCACAAAGUUUCAUUCUAAAUACAUUUCUUACUCUCCCUUGUCCGCUUUUA